AUGAGCAAAAUGACCUCGAAUAUAUUUGUUUUGUUUUUGGUCUUUCUCACAGUCUACGACCACUCUGUAGUCUGUAACGGAGAAAAUGACCCAGCAGAUGCCAAACUAACUAGGACUGUAUUUAACUUGGGAAGUUUCCGAAAGAAUAAUUACAUAAUUAGCAAAUCAAGCGACGAGCCGUUUAGUUACAAAGUUAUGCCAAAGGAAGGAACCUUGAUCCAUAUAGUUAGAUUAUCCAACAUGGUUGUUUGGAAAACUCCUGAUUCCUGGUCAGUAGAGAGUAUUAUAAUCAAACCAUAUGAAGAUAAUGCGUUUUAUGCCAUUCUGAAAGUUAAAGAUUCUGACAACGUAGCCACAUUAAUGCACUUUAUAUCCUCGAACACAUUUGAACACAGGAGCCUGGUUCAGCAUAUUCAUACAUCAAACAUAGAGAUGUUUGCUGACUAUUCAUCAAUUAAGGAUAGCUUCAACAUAAGCAGCGAACUUGAUCUAAGAUAUCAUGACAUCAGCGAAGUAAUAUCUGAAGACGGAACCCUUAGAAGGAUUAUGAUAAAACCUGCUGUUGGCUUUUUUUCAUCUGUUCACGAUAACCUUACUGUUCUUCACUAUGAAGAAGGUAUUUCAGUCGAGUCGAUGGUACUAUUAAAAUCAAGUGGAGAGAAUAAGCUGCUAUUGUUGAACUUGGUAGACUCUGAGGGAGCCGCAUCGACGAAAUAUCUUUCCAACGACGGCGAAUCGUGGGAGCUAAAGGACGAGAGUGAAUACAACGAAAUAUACGGAGAAAACAAUUUUGAAUCCGCUGAGAAGCCUGCGGAGGUCGCUCCCGGCGAGGAAACGACUCGAUACGACAUAAUGACAAACGACUCGUUUUUAGAAACUAACACACACAAGUUUACCUACGGAACCAUCAAAACCAUCUGUAACUUUUUCAAGAAACUGGAGAGCAUAGUCGAGGGGGAUCUUGAAAUAACUUCGGAGCCCAUGUUUCAUCCCUCUGUAUAUGUCUACAGGGGUGAAAAUUUCUGGGACUGCAUUGAAAUAAUUCACUCGAACUCGGAGAAGGACCGGAGUUACAGGGCCAACUGCUACUACGUCAAGGAGGAGGGCGCGUGGACUAAGGUCAACCAGGUCGACUUCUUUUCGAGGAUUAAGGGCCAAAUUGAAUCUAAUCUCACCAGGCUAGGCGCCUCUGAGGAGACUGUUCAAAUGUUUGAGCAGUUCGGGCUGGAGGACAGUGUCGAGAGAACUGAGACUGACUCUCUUCCCUUUGCGGUGGAAGCGCCGCCCAAGAAGGUGGUCGACAAAAAUCCUCGCGCUGAUCAGGCCAAGGGUCCCAUGAUCCCAGGUGAAGGUGCGAUGGGCGGCGCUGGUGGAAAGGCGCCUCCUCCUCCCACGGGAAGGCGCAAGAGGCCUCGCGGCGGCGAUGAAAACUUGCCGGAUCCUUCUCUUUUGGCUGGCGACCCAAUUCCUGACGACAAGGACGCCGCCAAGGGCGACCGAUCUGAGGACGAUGAAGAAACCUCCGAUUUUCGUGCCGGCUCAAUUAUUUUCCUCUUGAUAGUCUCUCUGAUGCUCUACUAA